AUGCCCCCCACCGUCGCCAUCAACAUGGUCCAAACCAUGUCCCUCAUUCACGACGACCUUCCUUGCAUGGAUGACAAUGACCUCCACUAUGGCAAGCCCUCUAACCACCGCAUCUUCGAUGAGCCUAUCACCAUCCUCGUCGAUGAUGCCCUCCUCACCCUCACCUUCGACCACCUCACCGACCCCGCCUCCUACCUAACCGACAACCCAGUCCCACCUACUCACAUCAUCCGUGGGGUCACUGAGCUCUCCCACUCCAUCAAGCCCAAGGGAUUAGUUGCUAGCCAGAUGGUGGACAUCGAGUCCACAAGGCUAGCAGUCCCCUUUGGCCUCGAUCGGCUUGAAUUCAUCCACCUCCAUAAGACCACCUUCCUACUAGAGGCCUCAGCGAUCAUAGAAGUGAUUUGUCCACAGGAGCUCCAAUGA